AUGACAACAAUUAAGAUGAUCAUCCUAAACUCUAAUAGAGCUGGUUUCGUAGACGCCCUUUGCUACGCGCAACGACACUUUUGGCAUGGAAACUAUGAUUCCGAGGAGCGACUUAUCUUUUCCACAUCUGUGAAAUACUGUACACGGUAUGUGAUCUUCAUAGUCGGUGCUCUUCAAAUUGGUUUAUCCGGAUACGUGAUCACUCCUCUUAUUGAAAACCUUGGACGAAAUAAAUCGGACAGGGUACUUCCAUUCAGGAUGUGGGUCGACUGGCCCUUAUCUGAGACACCGUAUUACGAACUAGUGUUUACCUUUCAGUUUCGUAUACUACAACACAGAAUGUUAAAUUUCUGGAACGUCGAAAGCAAUGAGAUGAACGCAGUCAUGUACACCGAUCAUUGUUAUGCAGCUCUCAAGAUGUGUAUACAACAUCAUCAGUUGCUUAUUGAGUUCUGCAUGAAGCUCGAACAAGUAUACACCAUGACGAUCUUUACGCACAUAACAGUUUUAAGUCUGUUGCUGUGUUUCGAUUCCUACGAAAUAGUCGUGGCAAAUACGAGUGCUUCUAUGCGAAUCAUUUUCUUGUUUCACGCAAUUGGAAGCCUGGGUCAGCUGUUUAUGCUUACGUACACUAGCAAUUUUAUGAUGGAGGAAAGCACGAAUGUUAUUACCUCGAUGUAUUUAGGAUCUUGGAGCACAUUGCCAAUGAAUAAAGUUGGCAGAUCAUUUCGAUCGGCUAUGAAAUUCAUUAUGAUUAGAUCAUUAAAACCGUGCUAUCUGACUGCUGCCGGAUUUUUCCCUCUGACUUUGGGAACUUUUACUUCGCUUUUAAGUUCUACAUUCUCUUACUUUACUUUGAUGAGGCAAUCGUUCAUGAGACCCGAAGGAGAGUAAUAUAAGAAAUAAUUUAAUAUGUUUCAAAUGCGAUGUAAGAAACAUACAAAUCUGUCGAAAGAUAAUAUGUAAAUAAUG